AUGCCAGAUCAUAAAAGUGGAGCCGCUGGCAAUCGCCGGCUCGAACAGGAGUUGGUCGAGAAUGAUCGACCUAUUGCCAUUCAAGCCUUGAACGUCAUUCUCCAAAUAUUCCUCUUCUUCUACGAUGCUAUUGUCUUCAUUCCAUUCAAGAUUUUUGCCGAUCCGGACAAGAAAGUGGCUCGAUCCGAACGAAUCAAGGUAAAAGCUUAUUUCUUUUCUAAAUUUAGGUACUACGAGCAAGUUUUUGAUAAAAUUCAUCUUUGUUAAUGUACUUUCUGUUUAGGCUUCUCCGUCAAUUGAAGACGAUCCUUCAAGCGGGUGGCGUCACGUUGAUACUAUUGGCCGUGAUUUGGUAUCCAAUGUUUAUAACGGAUGUGCGACAUUAGGCGAGAUUUGGGACAAAAACGUUAGGUAAGACUUCUGUCUUUAUUGAUACUUUAUACGUAUUGAUGCUUUUACUUUUCUGUUUUCCGUAAAGUUAUUUUUGAUGUGUUGUAAGAUCAUUUUUACACGUUAUUAAAUGUUAUUGUUGAUCUUUUAGAGAGUAUGGACCUUUGAACUGUAUGGGGACGCGUCAACUAUUGGACGGAGAAGAAGUUCAGAAAGAUGGCAAGGUUUUCCAACAGCUUACUUUGGGUCAGUAUGACUUCGAAACCUUCUCUGCUGUUCACAGUAAAGUCGAACGAGUUUCUAAGGGUUUGGAUUCACUUGGUUUGAAGAAGGGUGAACAUGUGAUCAUCUUCGCUGAGACUCGUGCCGAAUGGAUGCAAUCUGCUUUGGCUUGUUUUAAGAAUGGAUAUCCAGGUAAAUUAAUGUAUAUUUAUAACUUUAAAUUUAGUGUCACUUUUUAAAUUUCUAAUACUUUUAAUAUACUGUGUUUUUUCAGUAAUAACGGUCUAUGCCACACUCGGAGAUGAAGCUGUAGCUUAUGCUAUGAAGGAAUGUGAUGCCAAGGUUAUCUUCACCACGAGAAAUUUGUUGAGCAAAGUAGCCAAAGCCUUACCAACUUGCCCAUCUAUCGAGACGAUCAUCUACUACCAAGAACACUACAGGAUGAUUGACGAUACUGGAUACGCAACUGAUGCCCAAAAGAACCAAUUCAGAGAUGUCGAGAAGAGUCUGUAUUCCUUCGAGGAACUUUUGGACCUAGGAGAUGGCCGAGACAAUGUUAAGGUUGACGUCAAGCCAGACGAUUUGGCCAUGAUUAUGUAUACCAGUGGAACUACUGGAAACCCAAAAGGUGUUAUGCUGUCUCAUCGUAACAUUAUUGCCGCCAUUUCUGGUCAGGGAUGUGUUUUGACUGUCAGGUGAGUAAGCUUUACGUUUUGUCAACUUCCAUUAUUUUUUGUUAUUGAUAGUUAAAAUUUUAGCCAGGAAGACACUUUCAUUGGUUACCUUCCCCUUGCCCAUAUUCUUGAAGUAUGUGCCGAAUUGGUCAUCUACAGUAAGGGAGCCUGUAUUGGAUAUUCUUCAGCCCAGACUUUGUUCGACAGAGCUGCCAAGAUCAAGAAGGGAACGAAGGGAGAUUGUGCCGUUUUGAAGCCAACUUUGAUCGCCUGUGUACCUGCCGUGAUGGAUCGUAUCUUUAAGGCUGUCACUGAUGAGGUGAAGUCGAAGUCUCCAUUCUUCCGAGAAAUCUUCAGAAUCUGUUACGAACGUAAACGAGCCAGAUACGAAGAAGGAUAUGUUAGUUUGGUCAUGAACAAGUAAGCUAGAAUUACAAUUUGAGUAUUCUGCUUUUAGACUUGCUUUCCACAAGAUCGGCAAACUUCUGGGAGGAAACUUGAGAUAUGUUUUGUCUGGUGGAGCACCUUUGAAUCCGGAGACCCAAAGAUUCAUGAACAUUUGCUUCUGUUGCCCUGUAGUACAAGGAUACGGCCUUACCGAGACUUGUGGAGCUGCCACUUUGGCUGAUGGUAAGCUCAUCUUCUUGAAAACUAUAAUAGGAAUAACAACAAGAAGAUUCAUCUAUAAUUUGUUGCAGAACACGAUUUGAGUACCGGAUCUGUGGGACCUCCACUGAGAUGCUGUGAAAUCAAAUUGAGAGAAUGGCCAGAAGCUGGCUACAGCCCAGAAAAUGAAGUACCUCAGGGAGAAAUCCUGAUUACCGGUGAUAAUGUUGCUUUGGGGUACUACAACAACGAGGAAAAGACGAAUGAAGAUUUUAUUACGAUUGAUGACAAACGAUACUUCGCUACUGGAGACAUUGGCGAAUUCCGAUGGGACGGAUCACUUAGGGUUAUUGGUAAGUUCGUAAUGACUUUUGAUUUGUUUUUAAUAAAGUGUUUUUGCAAAUGUUUUUAUCUUAUAAUAGCAAUUACUAUUUUUUAUGAUACUUAUUACUAAUCGUUUAUUUUUAGACCGUAAGAAGGAUCUGAUUAAGUUGGCACAUGGUGAAUAUGUAUCAUUAGGAAAAGUUGAAACUUCAUUGUUGACAAACCCCCUGGUAGACAACAUCUGCGUGUACGGUGACUCACAGAAGGAUUACCUCAUCGCUCUUGUUGUACCGAACCAAAAGAAUCUCGAAAAAUUGGCAGAAGACGUAAGUUUAAAAGUUUUUUUUUUCAAAACCUAGGAAAAGUGAAAAAUUUAUGUCCAUUUAUACGUUCCUUUUUAGAACGGAAUCAAAGGAGAAUGGAAGGAUGUAUGUGAGAACAAGAAGACUGCCGAAAUCAUGAACAAAGAGUUGGGCAACUUCGUGAAGAGCAAGUUGCAAAGAGUCGAGAUCCCCAAGAAGGUCGUCCUAUGUCACGAACCAUGGACCCCUGCCUCUGGACUGUUGACUGAAGCCCUGAAACUGAAGAGGAAGAACAUCGAAAAGGAGUUCGAGGAAGAAAUCAAGGAGGCCUACCAAUGA